UAAAGAUGUGAGGAGCGCUUCAUCACAGGUAUGAGUUCCUGCUUAUGUGCUCAGAGAACAGUUUUAACUGUGCAGUCGUGUAGUGUGACAACAUAAGGGUUUAUAAAACUUCAAGGAUAAACAGCUAAAAAUAUUUCUGCAUACAUGACAACUAAUUGCUUGUUAACACCUAAAAAAAAAAAAAAAAAAAAGCAGAAGCCUCAGGCUUCCGGGUAAAGGGUAAACCACAUAAUCACACUUUUUUGCAUUUGCAUUUCCCUUUAAAGAGUACGGGCAGCCCAAAAGGCGUCAUUUCUUUUUGUGAAGGCAUCAAAGAAGCACGUAGCUCACGAUGCAUUGCAGCUUCAAUGGCACUCUGCUGAUCAAUGUCCUCCCUCCUCUGCUGAUGACAGAGUUUGUCCUGGGAGUCCUUGGUAAUGGUUUGGCUCUGUGGAUCUUCUGCUUCCACCUGAGGCCCUGGAAAAGCAGCACAGUGUUGCUCUUUAACCUGGCAAUGGCUGAUUUUCUGCUCAAUAUUGUUUUACCUCUCCGUGCCAGCUACUACAUCGCUGGGAUCAAAUGGAAGUUUGGAAAGGCCCUCUGUAACAUCUGCCUCUUCAUGCUGGCCCUGAAUCGCAGCGGAAGCACCUUCUUCCUGAUGGCCAUCGCUGUGGACAGGUACAUGCGUGUGGUGCAUCCCCACCAUCCCAUCAACUCUCUGAGCGUCUCUAAAGCCAUAAUGGGAGCACUUGGGCUGUGGUUGGUCACCACUUCGAUGACUGCUCAUGUCUUCACUUUGUCACACGCCAACACAACGUACUGCGAGAGUUUCAUGAUUGACACCAAGUCCAAGAGUAAUCUUUCUUGGCAUAAGUUUGCAUUUCUCUUUUCCUUUUACAUGCCUUUGCUGGUCAUCCUCUACUGUACAUUCUGCAUCGUUCGCCACCUGAAAGGGAGGCAGCUGGCCCAGCAUGCCAAGAUCAAGAAGGCUUUGUACUUCAUCAUAGUUGUGGUAGUGCUCUUCAUCAUUUGCUUCCUCCCAAGCAACAUCACACAGCUGGUGAUCUGGGUCAAGACCUAUAAAUUAGCCGGUUCCUCUAGCAUGUGUUCUGAAAUGGAAAACCUUACCAUUGUAUUUUACGUCACCAUUAGCCUGACCUACCUCAACAGCGUGUUGGAUCCUGUGGUCUACUACUUCUCCAGCCCCGUCUUUAAGAACAUCUGCAGGAAGGCUCUUCAUCUGCCUGAAACAGAAAAUGCUGAGAGUACAGAGAAGAAAACCCGGGAAACUGGCUCCCAGUCGAUCAGCCAGCUGUGAUCACUAAACUGAGGAGGUAUAACAAGCAGCUUCAUAGCUAAAGGUUCAAUUUAAAGUAAGUUUGAUUCUAUCAUUAAGCUGUAAGUGCUACAGCUAUUUCAUAUUUACUAUUGUACAUAAGCUACACACUGGCACAGAAAUCCUCAGAACUGAGUAAUCAAACUUUUCAUCAGUGAAAAGCUUUUUUUUUUUUACCAGCACAUCACUUGCUUAGUAGCGAUCAUACCAAUGCUGACUGCACUUUUCUAAAUGUAUUUGUCUUCCAAAACAUGUACAUGUUAAGAUGUGUGAAUUAAACAAAGAUUCUGACGCUGAAGUGUAAUAAAGAGACAUUUAUAACCUCAUAUGAAUAAAAUUUCUUCCUGUUGUCAUGUGAAAACUAUAAUGAUGAGAAACAUAUUGCAUAUAUACAUAAUGUAAAAAAGCUUUUAUACAUGAGUUAAAAAAAUAUGUAUAUAUAUUAAGGUAACUUUGAAUAAAAACAACAAAACUGUAUGAAUAUGUAUUCUUUGUCUUUAGCCAAUGCUGUAUAAACGUAUCAUAAUAAAUAUAAGUUCAUUGUCAACACUGAGAUGUUGCCUGUUUUCUUGGAAUGUUUCACGGGUGGGUGAUGAAGGGAUCAUAAUGAAACUGCUAUCUGUCGUAUCAUACUGCUAUAUGAUACGACAGAUCAGACUAAAAUGUGCAGUGAAAGCACACUCCUUCUGGUUAAGAUGGCUCAGAAAUAUCUCCCUGUAAAACAACAGGCACUGGAGUUUAUACAUCCAUUCAUUUUUCUUCCACAUUUCCAAUUCAGGGUCGUAGCUGCUUUAGGUGGCUGGGGUAGAGGGAGGGUACACCCUGGACUGCUUGCCAGUCUGUCACAGGGCAAACAAAUAGAGACACUCACAUUCACACCCCUUUGCAAUUUAGAGUUGACCUAAACCCACUAACUGUACAUGUUUGAACUGUUGCACAAAGAUGGUGUAUGCUGAGAGAAAAUGCAAACACCACACAAGCGGUGGGUUUGAACCCAGGACCUCUUUGUUGUCAGGUAACGGUGCUAAACACCGCAUCAGUGUGCAGCUGCAACAGCAAUAUCAGUAUGAUAUAAUGAUCACUUGUUUAUGAAUAAUCUUUCAGGACAUGCAGACAUAGCAGAUGAUAUAUAAAAUGCAGACCUAUCACAUAAAUACUUGAUACAAAGGAGAAGACAGAUGUGCGCUCCAUCUACACCUUAUCUGCUCUCCCAGAUAAAGAGACACACUAAGGUUCUGUAUCAUCUCUUGAUUUAGGAAACAAUGGGUUUAAUGAAAGCCUGGUUGUUCCUUAAGAGGUUUUAAGCAAUGAGCACAACCCUUAGAGAAAAAUCUUUCACAUGUAUGUUAUUGAAUCUGUAUGUCUGCUUGUUGCAUUAGUUUGUUUUCCUGGUAUUCAGCACUCUAUUGGGUCCUUUUUCUUACAUCAAACUAUUUUAACCAACUCACAACUGCAGUUUCAUAACUGCAGUUGUGAGUUGGGGAAGUUCAAUAUCUGAUGGCCUAGUUCAGCAAAGAUGAUCAGACACUUUGGUUUCUGUGAAUAUAGUUUAUAAAUAUAACUUUAUGACACUUGCUCUGUCCAUUCUGAGAAACAAGCCAUUUCUUCGUUUCGAUGCAAUCAUUUAAUUCACACUCAGCUGAAGUUUGGUUCUUGUGCAGCUUAAACAAGUCCUUGAAUCACUGAAAACACAUAAAUGAUACAAAUUGCAUUUAAAAACAUGCAUUGGUUUAUAUAUCUUUAUAUAGUGUUUACUGAAAGGCAACAGUUUGAAUGUAUAAACACAUAUUUAACCUCAUAUUUCUCAGACUUUUUUGCAUACAUGAACACGAUCUGUAGAAUACUGUGCAAAAGUCUUUAUCCACCCCUCAAUUUAAAAAAAUAUUUUGCCAGAAAAACGCAUCCACAGAUUUAUUGAAGCACAGUCUGGUCUUCUUAGACAAGGGAAUCACCUUUUUGGUGCAAAUAUACAAUUUUAUGUCUGUCAAACUGUGUUAGUAUAUUGACCUUUCUUUGAUUAAACUGAAAAAACAGGAACAAAUUCUUAGUUUUUGCUUCUAGUAGCAAAGUCCCUAAAUAUACAAUUUAAAAAUGGUUCUCUGGCAAGUUGUCUAUAAUGCUUGGACAACACUCAUUCAUACCUUGGCUUGAAAAUGGGCAGGUACAAGGACCGGACUAAAUCUGGACACCAAUUUCACAGAAUGGCCAUUUCAGAUGAAAAUAAAACCAUCAUUUUAACACAAAGCCACACAGAGAAUACAAAGUCUUCCGUUUCCCAUGAGGCAAGUGAGUUUGAAAAGGAAGUCCUCUUACAUUUAUUUAAAGUGCUCCUCUCUGGGAACAGAUGAAGUUUAAAAGUCCAUUUAAAGGCACACCAUGUGUGGCUGAACCACUAACAAGUAAACUCGCUGACCAUUCUUGAUGGGCAAACAUGUGAUACAUAAUCUCUGCACACCUGAAUGAGCGACAGCUGCAUCGGAGAAGAAAAAACUGGAGGACCAAAAUUAAUAAAUAUUUUGAAAAAUGCAGAAUGGGUAAAGUUCAGCUCAGAUCGGUCUCAGUGUGUGUGUGCACACUUCCUCUCAAAUAUCACACAGUUGCUUUUAACACUGAGUGACGGGAAGUGGUCCAUCAGAAACGAGACCAGUGUUUAAAAAAAGUUGAUGAACCAAAGAAGUAUGACUAAGAUAAGGAAGCUGUUUAUAUAAACGUGAAAGUAACAAGUAUUUAAAAAGAAAACAGAAAUAACUUUAGGAAAAUGUGAGCACAGCAAGUAGGUCGCACGUUCGAAGCCACCAUCUGGUCGGGACCUUUCUGUGCAGCGUUCACAUUUUCUCUCUGGGUUGCUCCGGCUUCCUCCCACACUCCAAAGACAUGCAGUUAGUGGGGUUAGAUUCUAAACUGCCCAUCGGUGCAAAUGGUUGUCUUAGCUCUGCGUCAGAUUGGUGAGCUGUUCAGGGUGUAACCUGCUUCUCGCCCUGUGGUAGACGGAUGAGCAACUUGACUGUUCUGACCUAAACCUGAUAGAACAACUUUGGGAUGAAUUAGAGCAAAGACAGGACUUCUGGUUUUAAAACAAUCCCAUAAACACCCCUAAAUCUUUUACAAAGCCUUUUCAGAAGAGUUGAAGUUGUUAUAGCUGCAAAGGCUCGGCCAACAUCGUAUAAAAUUCCAUGAAGUAAGAUUGGUUUGUCCCUUAAUGUGUGCGACGGCAGAUGAGCUAAUACUUUUGGCAACACAGUGUACAUCAUUUAUUAGGAUUACUGCUCCUCUUUCUUUUAGAACCGAUGUACUUUAAUUUCAUAAUAUUGUACAAAGUGUGGCUGUGCAAUGAAAAUCAACAGUUAAACUCAAUACACAUCCUAAGAAACAAACUUGGAGUUGCAAUGGAAAAUAAAAGUUGACAUGUGAUCUGCUGCUUCUAAAUAGCUCAUCUCCACAGUUUUCAUAAAUGAAUAGUUUAUUCAAAUAUUACAGUUGAAAGAUAAAUGUGAAGUGCAAAUACUGCGUCUCAGCCUAAAGCAGA